AGCGCUGUUUGUUUAUUUCACAGGAUUUCCUCUUUUUUUUUUUUUUUUUUUCCUGGUAGCCUGUCCAGCGGUCGCUGGCUUUCAGUCCGAGUGCAGUCUGCAGUGAGGACAGACCGCUGGGGUGCUGCGCUGGUAAAGGGUUCUGAGAACGGCUUCAGGAUCUGUGAAUGCAACCCGAGCGUUCGCUUUGGAGCCCAGCUCUGCUGCUUGCACCAGCCGAGGACUCAAGCAUUUGGUCAACCUGAUUGAUUUCUUAUUAGAUCUCUUUAAAAGAAAGUCUGGGAGUCAAGAAUACCCGCCAAGGAAUAUUUUUCCAAUUUGUUUUUUGCUUUGAAAUUUGUAUAUAUUAUUUAAGUAACAAUAGAUUAUAUAUUAUUGAUAAUGGAGCCCCCCCCGGGCCUGCCAGUCCCCACCGGGCUGCGGCGUCGCUCGGACAGCCAGGGCAGCGCUUCCUCUCGCUCCUCGGAGGCCCGGGCCGUGCUGCGGCAGCGCGUGGUGCAGCUCGUGGCCUGCAUGGAGGACCUGAGCUCCGACGAGGAGGUCCAGGAGGAGGUGUCCCGCACCCUGGAUGAGGCCUUCCUGCUGUGCGGCAAGCGGAGCGUCCCAGAUGAGGAGGACUUCAGGCUGCAUGUGGUCACGUGGAAUGUUGGCACAGCCCAGCCCCCUGAUGAUGUCAGCUCUUUGCUGUUGCUGGACUCUGAGGGGGCGGCGCCGGAUGUGUACGUCAUCGGGCUGCAGGAAGUGAACUCCAAGGUUCUGAACUUCAUCAGCGACAUGACCUUCGACGACCCCUGGAGCUCCUUCUUCAUGGACACUCUCGCCCCGCUCGGAUACGUCAAGUUGACCUCCAUCCGAAUGCAGGGUCUCCUGCUGCUCGUCUUUGCACAGCACUGCCACGUCCCUUUUAUAAGAGACAUCCAGGCCAGCUACACCCGCACUGGCAUUUACGGCUACUGGGGGAAUAAAGGAGGUGUUUCUGUGCGCAUGUCGUUCUACGGGCACCUGAUCUGCUUUCUGAACUGCCACCUCCCAGCGCACAUGGAGUACGCCAGCCAGAGACUCGACGACUUCGAACACAUCCUGGAGACGCAGGAGUUUGAGACAGAGACCGCACCGAGGAUCCUUGACCACAAGGUGCUCUUCUGGUUCGGGGACUUGAACUUCCGCAUCGCUGACCACGGCAUGCACUUCCUGAGAGAGGCCAUCAGCAACAAACGCUUGCACCUGCUCUGGGAGAAAGACCAGUUAAACAUGGCCAAGAAGAAGGAGGCUUUUCUGAAGGAUUUCCAGGAGGGGCCUCUCCGAUUCAAACCUACCUACAAGUACGACCUGCACUCGGACAACUACGACUCCAGGGAGCAGAGGACGUGGUUGAGUUUUCACGGGAAGAAGCGCAAGCCAGCCUGGACAGACCGGAUACUGUGGAGGGUGAAGGGCGACGCCCACGAUGCAUCAGACCAGGAGGCGGAGCCAGAGCAGGAGGCGGAGCCAGCGGAACCCAAAGAGCCCGAGCCGUCUGUCCGGGUGACCCUGGAGAGCUACGCCAGUCACAUGAGCUACGGCAUCAGCGAUCACAAACCAGUCACCGGAACCUUCAGCCUGGAGCUGAAGAAGCUGCACACCAACCCCCUGGUGAUCAUUCAGGCGGAGGGGGAGUGGAGUGCGGACUGGGACGCCCUCGUGACCUACAGCACACAGGAACCCUUCCCCAGCAGCACCUGGGACUGGAUCGGCCUCUACAAGGUGGGGUUCAGGAGUCACAUGGACUACGUCACCUACAUGUGGGUCAAGGAUGAUGAAGUGUCCUGCACUGAUGAAGUCGUUCAGGUGUAUGUGAGCAGGGAUGAGAUCCCGGUCCUGGGGGGAGAGUUCUUGCUGUGCUACUUCAGCAGUAACCUGAAGAGCAUCAUUGGAGUGAGCCCCCCUUUCCAGAUCAGCCGGUCGAAGUCCGCCCCCCAGGAGGGCGUGACCCCUGACAGCGUGAACGGAAUGGACAAGCCCGACCUCCUGGGGUCGCCUGACGAGUUCUGAGAGCCCCGCCUCUUUGUGAUUGGCUGCGUGAAGAGACACGCCCACUCCGCAGCCAUGCCGCACCGGCCCAGUUUUUAAAGUCUUAGCCCUGCUCGUUUUUAAACCUGACGUGAGAGAUGUGAGCCCCCUUUAAAUACAGAGCUGGCCUCAGUUCAAUACAUAAACCAGGUCUUUAUCCAAUGUAGGUUACAAACCGAAAGGGCCGCACACCACACACUUGGGUCUAAAUGCUCCAGCAAGUACAUGUAGCAGGUACUAGUGCAUACAUUGGACUUGGUGGCCAGUGAAGCAGCUGUAUAUAGUGGUUAUUAUAUCUGUUUUAUGAUUGGGUUAUAGACAGUGACACACUGCACUGUUUCUAUGUGUAGGGGGUCUGUUAUUCCAAUGGAAUAAUUUGGCAGAACUGAUACAAUGAGAAUGCCGUGUCAUCACGCACACACCCUCCUACACGCAGUCACGUGACCUGUAGUAUAUUCUAGACUGUAUUAUUUUACAAAUGUUUUAAUGAUGAGAACUUGCCAGGCUUUUUUUUUUUUAAACCUGAAAUAAUGGCUGUGAAAUUCUUUGGGCACGUUCUAAUGAGAUAGAUCCCUGAUUCUGUAAAUCAUUUCCAGUGACGGCUGUAUUUCUAACAGUAGCAUUGUACAAUUUCUUUAAACAGGACGUUGCACCGAACAGCAAGCCUAAAAUUCAGUAAACAAUGAAUCUCAGUCUGGAUCAGGACUUACUGUGCUGUAUAUCAGGACAUAUUUUAAUUAUUAUAAUAUUUUUGCAGUAGUAACCCUAAGGGUAGUUGUCACUUUACAGUCCAGGCCCCUAUUGUUAUAGGGAAGAAGGAUCUGUCAACUUUUGAAUUGCUGUUCCUUCAGUGUGUUACAGUUUGUUGUAUUUAUUUAAUGAGAUAGAAGAGAGUAUAGAGAGACUGGACAGCACGGGGAGAAGCUACGAACUACACCACACUCUCCAUUCAACCGUCUACAUCAGUCAGAGGUGAUCAGUCAGUCUCUGGUCAAUUGGAAUUAGUUACAGCAGAACCAGGCAGUACCCUGGAAGAACACACAGGAAGUGAGGUUUGCCUCAACAUUGUUUUUUUUAUUUUGUAACAUUGAAUUUGAUCCUUUUUAUAAGUUCUAACACAAUCACAAAUGAAAAUGACAAGGAUAUGGCGCAGCAGUGGACUGAACUGGGAGCACAAGCAGUCGAAUGCAGCGCCUCUUUGAAACCCUUCAUGAUGAUUAAUCAUGUACCCCACCCCCCCAUGUAACCCUGCCGGCCAGAUCCAGCACCGGCUUCAAUACAAGUACAAGGGCUUCUAUCAUAGGUCAGUACCAAGGUCUGGUGAAAAUACAGUUUAAUACUGUUGGUUGGGUAUUUUUAAACGUACACAUGACUGCUUUAGCGUUGUGUAAAUGCUGUUAAGAUGUGCAAAGCUGAUUCACUUUUCUUGUAAUCCACCUGUACUGUAUGGAAAGCCAAAAGUGCUCAAUUUUCAUAGUGAAAUAAAUACAUUAUUAUUAUUAUUAUUAUUAUUAUUAUUAUUAUUAUUAUUAUUAUUAUUAUGAAUAAACAUAUAUGUCA